CUUGUUUUUCUCCUCAAACAAACAUUAUCGUAACUGCUCUGUCUCUAAUAAUAUGAUCAGAAUUACGAGGAUAAUGGCAAAACUAUUCCCAUUAUGGCUCGUAAUUUUGUUCUACUUUUCAAGAUUAGCCCGCUCUUCGCCUCUAGCACCGGCAUUGUACGUUUUUGGAGAUUCUUUGUUUGAUAGCGGGAACAACAAUCUUUUGCCAACUCUUGCAAAGGCAGAUUAUUUGCCGUACGGUGUAAACUUUGACCAAGGGGUCACCGGAAGAUUCACCAAUGGAAAAACUGUCGCCGAUUUCAUAGCUGAUUAUCUUGGGCUACCAAAUCCGCCUCCGUACCUGAGUAUUAGAGGAUCGGCAGCGAAACUGGCAGCCAAUAUGUAA